CUAAAAUGACGCUCCACGCCAAGUUUUCAUUAGGCGAUGAGGACAAGUCUGCCGUUAAAGAAAGUGAUGCUCAACGGACGGACGGGAAACGUCACAUUUUGGUGGCUGCAACUGGUUCCGUUGCUGCAAUUAAGCUAGUACUGCUAGUAAAUGACUUGCUGUCAUACAAGGACGUGGAAGUCCAGGUCGUACUGACUCAAGCAGCACGUACAUUUGUGAAAGUUGACACUCUGAAGGCGCUGGGAGUUCGCGUUUGGUGUGAUGAAGAUGACUGGAGAAACUGGACUGACAAGACAAGUCCCAUUACGCAUAUUGAACUUCGUCGCUGGGCUCAUUUGCUGUUAAUUGCUCCCUUGUCAGCAAACACGCUAGCAAAGGCUGCUAAUGGUCUCUGUGAUAAUCUUCUCACCUGUCUCAUUCGCGCAUGGUCACCCAACAAACCUAUGUUGCUGGCACCGGCAAUGAAUACGGUGAUGUGGAAGAAUCCUAUCACGGAGAAGCAUCUUACUACUGUCAGAGAAAGCUAUAAACAAGCCGAAAUUAUCCACCCAAUUGAGAAGGUGCUUGCAUGCGGCGACAUCGGAAUGGGUGGAAUGUGUGAAUGGCGUGAAAUUGUGGCUCGCCUAGUUCAUCGUUUUGAUUUACAGAGGAAGGACGAAGACGAGGACAACGACAAUGACAACGACAAUGACUUUGAUGACAACAGUCUUGUAUCUCCAAUCAACGACGUUGAGGUUAGUCUUCCUUCUGCACGGAAGCUUCCAAAGUCGGAUGAAGUGAAUGAUGCUGCAAGUACAGUUUCAGCGCCGGCAGCAACAUACGCUCCCGUUUCAGAUUCCAUAGAGGAAGCGGAAACUUCAACACUGGCAAAGGCACCCAAUGCUACUUGUGAGCAGGACGUGCAAAUAGAAAAUGGACCAGCCCUGAAAGAAGAGCAUACUAGUAUACCCGACAUUGUUCCCUCGAAUAAAGAAGAACAGCAGUAUCUGGAUUUGAUUAAGCGCAUUCUUGAGACCGGGGAGCUCCGUAAUGACAGAACUGGAACCGGCACUCGCUCUAUUUUCGCUCCUCCCCAGCUUCGUUUCUCACUGUCCAACAAUACGCUUCCCUUGUUAACAACCAAGAAAGUUUUCCUUCGUGGUGUUUUACAGGAACUGCUCUGGUUUCUUCGGGGUGAUACGAAUGCCAAGCAUCUGACUGAGAAAGAUAUCCAUAUUUGGGACGGUAACGGCAGUCGCGAGUUUUUGGACAAAAUGGGCUUCUUUGAUCGUGCUGAAGGCGAUUUGGGCCCCGUUUAUGGCUUCCAAUGGAGACAUUUCGGUGCCAAGUACACUGAUUGUAAUGCCGACUACACUGGUCAAGGUGUUGAUCAAUUGGCCCAAGUGGUUCACCAGCUCAAAAAUAAUCCUAAUGACCGUCGCAUUAUUAUGUCCGCAUGGAACCCUGCCGCAAUUCCUCAAAUGGCGUUACCCCCUUGUCACCUGCUGUGUCAGUUUUAUGUUAGUGCACCCGCACAACCUGGCGGUCGUCCCCGGCUUUCCUGCAUGAUGUACCAGCGUUCAGCCGAUAUGGGGUUGGGGGUUCCCUUUAAUAUUGCCUCCUACUCAUUACUGACACACAUGCUAGCACAUUAUUGCAAUUAUGAGGCACACGAAUUCAUCCAUGUAAUGGGUGAUUGUCAUAUUUAUAUUGAUCAUAUAGAAGCAUUGCGCACUCAACUUGCACGCAAACCCCUACCCUUCCCUAAGAUUCAUUUCCGCCGGUCGCCUCGUGAAGUCGGAAGCAUAGAUGGGUACGAGUAUGACGAUUUCGUCGUUGAAGGCUACAACCCCUGGGGCCCUAUAAAAAUGAAAAUGAGCGUCUAAAAUGGGCCCUUGAUGCGAAGAGUUGUUUGUUUCUCGCAUCAGGCUUCUCUCAGACAUAGGCUGCAGGACAGCAGGUGUACCUUGAAUACCGCAAUGUCUACAUGGGAUUAUUUUCAUGGUGCCCACUCAUUAUAAUCUAUUUAUACAGAGGAGUUUGAUGCUCUCUUCUGAAAUUAGUCAUUCUUCUUUACUUGUUGAUAUGUAUGAAUGGGAUGUUUUUUAGCACUUUUUUAAGUAAAUGUCAUGAACCUAUAGAGGGAUAACAUUGCAAGGUGGCAAUUCCUUUUGGUUUCAGCAAUACUUACGUUUCACUCUUGUUUUUAAUUUUAUAGUUAUUACCCUGGGGAUAAAAGCUGAAUUCACACUCAAAAGUUUUCGUUAUAAAAGUGUCAAGGAGGCAUAAAAACUCUACUAUAGAGCUAGUUAUAAGGACAAAAGGAACAUCAACAAAACAGGGUAAUAAAACCGAGAGAAUAGAUAGGCAAGCAAUGAGGGAAGGGGAAGAUGGAAUGAGCAUUCGUGGAACUUUUAAAAUCUGUUUAG